AUGGACAGGUACAUCCCACUGCUUACUUGUAAGAAAGCAUACAAAGCUUCAAACUACAAAAGGAACUUUGAUCUCAAUGAUGUAGAAAUUAUGGACUCCUCGUCAUCGCCAGAAAGAUUGUCCUCCCCAGAGUUUUUCACUGAUUUGAGAUACACUGGAAAUUAUGAGCACAUAAACUAUCGAGGUGACAACUUAUCCGGGCAAGACAUGCAAUUGUCUAGUGCCGAGUCCUCAAAUUCGACCAGGAGCUCAGUGUCAACAAUGACCUCAUCAGCUUCAUCGUCAUCUAAUUUGCAUGCUAAUGAUCGAUCGCCUAUUAUGAGGUAUAGACUAAGCCGAAAGAAAAAGAAGAGACGUGCAGGAAAAAUAAAGGAAAAAAAUAUUAGUAAAGAGGUGCAAAAACAUAAAGAAUAUAUUGCUCGAUACUUAGAUUUUAAAUCCCCUGAAAGAGUCCUGAAAUUUGAAUAUAAAACCCACAUUAAAUCAUUAAAAUGUAAUCUUACAAGUGAUGAAACUAAAUGUUUGAAUACAGUACCUUGUGAAGAUUUCUUAUCCAAGAUAAAUCCAUUGUUGCAAACUUUGCCUCCUUUUGAAGCAAGAUACUUAUUCUCUAAUUUGCUGAUUACUGAUCAGAAUGAUGGAUUAGCCAUAUUUAGAGAUAGCAAACGGCCUAAGUCACUCAUUCCAUACAGAGUAUUGGAUGCUCCAUGUUUGAGAAAUGAUUUUUACUCAAAUCUUAUUUCAUGGUCGAGAACUACAGGUAAUGUCAUUGUUGGUUUGGGAUAUUCUGUAUACAUAUGGUCUGAGAGAGAUGGGGCAAUACCUGUUCUAAAUCAUAGUUUUCUUGGACUAAAGCAUGACUUGGUAACUUGCUUAUCAUUCUGUCCGUUUAAUGAACUGUUUCUUGUCGGUACGAAACAAGGUAGAGUGAUGCUAUUUGAUCAAAAUAGAUGUAUUGAAUCCUAUAGGUCAUUAGGUAGUUCAAAUCGAUCAGAACCUUUGUAUGAAUAUCAAUCAUUAUCAUGUAAAGGAGUCAGUUGCUUUGAAUGGUUUCUUGAGGAUAAAAUAUGCUGUGAUGGUGCUAAUUCUGCACAAAUAGCAAGAUUAUUUAUUGGGGAGGAGACAGGAGAGGUGGCAUAUGUAGAAAUAAAUUCAAAGAUUAGCAACUGUAAUGUAAGAGAUGAUUACUCGAAGAAGGGAUUGGAUGAUUUACAAAUUUUAUGUUUAUCAAAAUUCCAAGCGCAAUCGCAGCAGGUUUGUGGACUAUCCCUAAAUCAAUACUCGAAAAACCUCGCAGUUGGCGGUAAUGACAAUUCAUGCACGAUAUGGGACAUAAGUGAUAUCAGAUCGCCACGACUAGUCCACACACUUCCCCAUAAUGCUGCAGUUAAAGCAGUUUCAUAUUGCCCAUGGUCAAAAUCUUUACUAGCUACUGGAGGCGGCAGUAAAGAUAGAAAGAUAAAAUUUUGGCACACACUAACGGGAACUUUAGUUAAAGAAAUUCAAACGACCGGUCAAAUAACUUCCCUUAUUUGGUCCGUUAGAUAUAAACAACUAGUAGCCACAUUUGGUUUUGGAGACAUUGAUAAUCCAAUAUUGCUAACAGUAUAUAGUUAUCCUAGUCUUGAAAGACUGAUACAUGUAAGGUCUUCAACACCAUUAAGAGUAUUAACUGCGGUUCCUUCAUCGAAUCUAAAUGCAAUCUGUCUUGCUACCAACGAUGAGACUAUUCGGUUCUAUGAAAUUUGGGGGGAGGAUGAAAACACUAUAAGUGAAGUACAGGAAGCAGGGAUAUACAAUUCGAAGUUGAUAGACUUUGUGGAGGGCAUUUCAACACAUUCAGAGGAAUACAUAAGAUAG